CCUCUUGUUAGCACAACAAGAGAAACCAGCUUGUUAGCAUCGAAAAUGAGUUUGUUUUUACCAAAAUUAACUUGCAAAAAGGACAUAGACGAUGUUAUCAAAGGAGUGGCAGAAAAGGUCGUAGUUCUGAGGUUUGGGAGGGACGAAGACCUGGUUUGUCUCCAGCUCGAUGAGAUUCUGUCAAAAACUGCCCAUGACCUGAGUAACAUGGCAUCCAUCUACAUCGUCGAUGUGGAUAAAGCUCCCAUCUACACGAGAUACUUUGACAUCAGUUACAUCCCCUCCACCGUUUUCUUUUUCAAUGGACAGCACAUGAAGGUGGACUAUGGCUCUCCAGAUCACACCAAGUUUGUCGGCAGCUUCAAGACCAAACAAGAUUUCAUGGAUCUGAUUGAGGUGAUAUACAGAGGAGCCAUGCGUGGGAAGAUGAUUGUCCAGAGUCCCAUAGACCCUCAAAAUAUUCCCAAAUAUGAUCUCCUUUACCAUGGAAUUUAAAGUCAACACCUCAACUGUGCAGCCUUAUUGUCAUAAUGAUUUCUCACUGUGUGGCAUCAACCCGGCUGGUUAACCCUUUAAAACCUGAGCAAAUUGGUUUGAAUUCUUUCAAAAGCAAGGGUACGAAGCAAUGUGCAACUCAACAAAACAUUGCCUGAAAAUUAGCAGGAAGUUAGUAGAAAAAAAGUUACAAGAAAAUGACCUGAAGAUAAAUAAAAGUAA